AGCGGCCGCCGCCGGGGCCGGGAGCUCCGGGGCCGGUGCGACGGUGCCGGGGCCGCCGCCGCCGCCCAUGGAGCCCAACGGGACGGCGGCGGCGGGGGACAACGGGACGGCGGCGGCGGCGGCGAGCGGCGGGGCCGGCCCCGGGGGCGGCCCCCUGCUCAUCCCCUCGGCCUUCGGGACGGUGCUGUCGGUGAUGUACGUGGCCGGGGUGGCCGGCAACGUCUACACGCUGGUGGUGAUGUGCCACUCGGCGCGCUGCGCCGCCCCCAUGUACAGCUCCAUCGUCAGCCUGGCCCUGGCCGACCUGCUCUACCUCUCCACCAUCCCCUUCAUCGUCUGCACCUACCUGGCUCAGGACUGGUACUUCGGGGACCUGGGGUGCCGCAUCCUGCUCAGCCUGGACCUGCUCACCAUGCACGCCAGCAUCUUCACCCUCACCCUCAUGUGCACCGAGCGCUACCUGGCCGUCACCCGGCCCCUGGACACCCUGAAGCGGUCGCGGGGCUACCGGAAGGUCACGGCGGGGGUCGUGUGGUCGGUGUCGCUGCUGCUCACGCUGCCCAUGAUGCUGAUGGUGACGCUGACCGAGGGGGGCAAGGCGGAGGGCAAGGUGAAGAGGAUGUGCGCGCCCACCUGGAGCGUGGACGCCUACCGGACCUACCUGACCGUGCUCUUCAGCACCAGCAUCAUGGCCCCGGGCAUCAUCAUCGGCUUCCUCUACACGCGCCUGGCCAGGACCUACCUGGAGUCGCAGAGGAACCCCCCCCACAAGGAGAAGAGCAAGAGAUCCCCCCGGCAGAAGGUCCUCAUCAUGAUUUUCAGCAUCGUGCUGGUCUUCUGGGCCUGCUUCCUGCCCUUCUGGAUCUGGCAGCUGGUGCGCCUCUACAGCAGCUCCCUGCAGCUCACCACCCAAACCCAAAAGUGCAUUAACUACCUGGUGACCUGCCUGACCUACAGCAACAGCUGCAUCAACCCCUUCCUCUACACCCUGCUCACCAAAAACUACCGGGAGUACCUGCGCAACAGGCACCGCAACUUCUACAGGUUCACGUCGUCCUUCCGCAAGAGGGGCUCCAACCUGCAGUGCUCCUGGGGCCGCUCCAUGUCCUCCAGCAACCAGUACGACUACAGCUCCGAGGCGCUGGGCAUGGCCACGCUGAAGGACAAGUGAGGAAGAGGAGGCGCUGCCAGCACGCAGGACCGGCAGAGCGCCCGGCCAAGGUUCUGCGCUGCCCAGGGUGCAGGUCUGAGCUCACACUCAGGGUCACUCAGCUCUCUGCACACAGCAGCGACACAAAACAAAUCCUUUUCCUGAUGCACACCAAGGACAACUGGGACAAGUUUUCAGCCCCAAAAGCACAAACAGCGGUGGCUGGAGGGAGGAACAAGAAGGAUGGGACCUCACAGCCUGGAGCUGGAAUUGGACAAUUCAACCCCAA